ACUACAAAUCCCAUGAUUCCAAUGCUUCUUUAAUCGCAUCAUCCAGGAGCUACUGGAUCGCUUCGGGUAAAACUGGAGGAUUGAAGCUGAUUGUGUUUACAUGAUUUUUGGCUCUUCCUGAAAGCAGAAGGGUGGAACAGCGAUGAAAAUGGACUUAAAUGCCAUCAUAGAGAAGAUGGAAACAGGCGAUCAGGACGCCGCACUGACAGCUCUACAGACCUUUAAUAAGGAGAAAUCACAGUGUUUUUCAUUUAACUCUGGGGAGGAGGAAGACAGAGAGCGUCUGGGCGAGUUAGUGCUGGGCUUCCUGGAGAGAGACCUCCAGCCGUCCUGUCAGCUGGCCUGCUUGGAAACCAUCCGCAUCCUGUCCCGUGACAAGAAGAGCCUGGCUCCCUUUGCCACCCGCCACGCCAUGCAGAUCCUGAUCCGACAUGCUGGCCUUGGUCAGGGUGAGGGCGUCACGCCCGAGAUCCCGGACCUGGAAGUGAUCGUGGAGGCCCUGAAGUGCUUGUGUAACAUCGUGUUCAACAGCGAGGCGGCUCAGGAGGCGGGAGCGGAGCUCCAGCUGAUCGUGGGAUUGGCCGAGAGGCUGAAACAGUGCCGUGAACCGCAGUGGAACCACGACGUGCGAUUCUUCGACCUGCGCCUCACGUUCCUGAUCACCGCCCUGCGUGUGGAUAUAAGAGCCCAGCUGGCACGUAAGCUGCGGGGUGUUAGUCUGCUGUCGGAGGCUCUGGAUGCCACGCUCGGUCUCUGCUGGCCCGACAGUUACGAGGUGGCACGUGCAGGCUUUGACGGCUGCUCAGAGCUGCCCCCGCUGGGGAGGCAGGAGACGGAGCGAGCCAUGGAGAUCCUGAAGAUCCUCUUUAACGUCACCUUUGAUUGCAACAGCCGUAAGGUGGAUGAGGAGGAAGCAGCCACUUACAGACACCUGGGUGCUAUACUGAGACACUGCAUCAUGAGCACCUCAGAGGGAGAAGAGCGCACGGAGGAGAUGCACAGCCACACGGUGAACCUUCUGGGGAACCUGCCGCUUCCGUGUCUUGACGUCUUGCUGAUGCCUAAAGUCCAGCAGGGCUCUAUCGAGUACAUGGGCGUCAACAUGGACGCCGUCAAGGUGCUGGUGGAGUUUAUGGAGAAAAGACUCGACCGGGGAAACAAGCUGAAAGAAACACUGCUACCCUCGUUAAAUCUACUAACGGAAAGCGCUCGCAUCCACAGAGAGACCAGGAAGUUUUUACGAAUUAAGGUGCUUCCACCAUUACGAGAUGUCAAAAACAGACCUGAGGUCGGGCACGCUCUACGGAACAAGCUAGUCCGUCUAAUGACACACAUAGACACAGACGUGAAGCACUGUGCGGCUGAGUUCCUGUUUGUGCUGUGCAAGGAGAGUGUUUCCAGGUUUAUCAAGUACACAAUGACCCCUUUAAUACUUUUUGUCUUGUACAGCAUCAAUCCAGUGACCGGCCGUGUGGAGGAGGAGCAGCCUAACCCUAUGGAGGGAAUGACUGAAGAACAGAAAGAAUACGAAGCCAUGAAACUGGUCAACAUGUUCGAUAAACUCUCCAGGGAGCAGCUGAUCCAGCCAAUGAAAAUCGGAGCUGAUGGUAAAAUGACUUCAUUGGAGCCACAAGAGCUUCAUUAUUUAGCCAGCCAACAGUUUGGAGAGUCCAAUAAUUCUGACAGCGACAGUGACACAAACUAAUUCUCCUGAAAUGAGUCUCGAGUCUUUUAACAGGAAGGAUAGGAUUGUUUAUUUAAUUCUAAUCAAAAGUAGAAGCUUAUGGUGAGUCAUAUAAAAGAAUUGAAUCGUUUGACACUCGAAGAUUUAAAUGCUUUGUUUUUAUUCCAAAGGAAAACACUUGGUGAUUGUUAUUUCGUAAUUCAGGUUUAUUGUAUUGGCCUGUCUUUUCUGUACAAUGACAAUGAAAACAAGGCUUGGUUGCACAGUGCUAGUUUAUUCAUAUAGCAGGAUUCAUGUCAAGUUAUACAUCACAGAUUUUAUUUUUCAUUUAGAACGUGGUCUGAGAAGAAAACAAAUGUGGCACUGGGUGAUGACAGUGACGGAGCCUUGAUAUUUAUUUAUUCAUUCAUUUGGUUUUAGGAUGAGCUGAGAUUUUUAAGUUACAAUAAAUAUCUAGUUUAUGAGAUGUGAUAAUUUAUGAGGAACGACAGUUCAGCAUUUUUUUUGUUUUACCCAGGAGCAUAUAAAGCCUCCUGUGAUCAACUUUUCUUUUGUUCUGUGUGGUAAAAGGAUGAAUUACUGUAUAUUGUUGUUGGUGGCCCGUGUAGUUAUGUGUGAAUGACUGAAGGGAAUGUUGAAUCAUUUAUAUCACAUUAUGUUUAAAGAAAUUUAUUGUGAGAUGAUAAUAAAAGAGCUGAAUUUGU